AUGGCAGAGACCAUGAAGAACCAGCAGCAAGCCGCCGCCGCCGUCAUCGCCGUCGUCGGCUCCCUCAACGUCGACCUCGUCACGCGCACCCCGCGCGUGCCCGUCGCCGGCGAGACGCUCCUCGCCCACGGCUUCGACACGGGACACGGCGGCAAAGGCGCCAACCAGGCCGUCGCCUGCGCGCGGCUGUCGCGCACCGCCGCCCAAGCCCAAUCCCAAUCCCAAUCCCAAUCCCAAUCCCAAUCCCAACCAUCCCAAGCCUCGCCAGCAUCGACAUCCACCGACGUCGAGGUGCGCAUGGUCGGCGCGGUCGGCGACGACGCGUUCGGCGGCGCGUUCCUGGAGGCGCUGCGGCGCGACGGGCUCGACGUCGGGCGCGUAAGCGUCGUGCCCGGCGAGAAGACGGGGGUGGCGGUCAUCGUGGUCGAGGAGGCGACGGGCCAGAAUCGGAUCAUGGUGAGCCUAGGGGCGAAUGGGAGGGUCGAGGCGAGGCCGUUGCUGGAGGCGGACACGGCGCUGGCGGUGUUUCAGCUGGAGAUUCCGAUGGGGGUGGUCGAGGUGAAUGUGCGGGAUGCGAAGGCGAGGGGGAUCGAUGUCCUGAUCAAUCCUGCGCCGGCUGUUCCGCUCUCGGAUGAGCUGUAUCAGGGCUUGGGCCAUCUCAUCGUGAAUGAGUCCGAGGCGGCGCUGCUGACGGGCAAGCCGGUGGAGGAGAUCACGCCGGAUUCAGACUUGACAGCGGUCGCAGCUGACUUUAUCCGAAGAGGCGUCAAAAACGUUAUUAUUACACUUGGCGGCGCUGGCGUUUUCUACCAUACGGCGACUCGGCAGGCAGAUAACCAGCCGGGUAAACUGAUUCCGGCUAGGAAGGUCAAGGUGGUGGACACGACCGCUGCGGGCGACACCUUCGUUGGCGCGUAUGCCGUGGCUGUUGCGAGGAGCAAAUCCCAGUCUGCAGCUGGCACCUUUGAUAUCGACUCUGCCAUCGCCUUUGCCAACAGGGCUGCAGCACUGACCGUUCAGCGCCAUGGAGCGCAGGCAGCAAUUCCCUGGGUUGAUGAAGUACCAAAGGCUUGA